AUGACGCAACUAGUCUCAGCGCGCGCCGAUCAGAUCCAUUGCAAGACGGGCUCGAUGGCGUUAUGGGAUGUCGACAUUGAGACACACAAGGGAAGCUCGAUUUACCUCGGGUUUGCGCUAUCCCCGUAUGCCUUUACUCGUUUGACGUCACGGGAUGAGACAGACCGAAAAAGGCAAACAGAAAUGUCGCAGUCAGACGAGGAACGCAACGAGGAACGCGACGAGGACUGCACCCCGCCCGAGUACAAACCUCUGGAUGAUCCAGUUUAUCUGCUUCUGUACCCCAAACUUUAUGCCGCAGCAGUUGCACUCGUCGAGCUUGGAUCUCAGUUUUCCCUGCGAUCGGAAUGGAACUCCGAGGAAAUCUUCUGGAAGAGUUCUACCGGAGAUCACGGAUGGAUCGAGCUCGAUCAGCAUCGCUUCGAUGACUGUAUAGAUGCCUUGCUGACUUUCAAAGCAGCCUGGGUUCGCAAGUACUUUCCAUGUUACAGGUCAGGCGGGAUGUACGGACAUCAUCUCACGGCCGUGAAUCACAGUCGAGGGGGUUACCUAGAGAUCGAUGGGGACGAGUUCGAGUUGCUCAUCAAGUUUCAUUACAGUAAGCCUUCAUUUGGUCUUUCAAAUAUUUGA